AGAUUUUUGCAGUGACAUAAAUGUAUGUACCCUUCUCUGUGGUUCCUCAUUGCAAACAUCUUUUUGCCUGGACUAUGAGUAUCGAUCUGGAAGGCCCCUGAAGAUACUGUCGCUGGUCAAUUGUGCCACCAACGUCGCAUUACUGCACUGUCACCGCCAAUGUUAUUGUUACUGCAUUGCGGUGAAUAUGCGGCGACACUGUGUGUGGAGCAUAAACAUGGCGCUCAAUGUGCUCACAGUUGAUUCCAGUUGCAAUGGUCUCAUUUGAUCCCUGCAAGCUAACUGAUGGUUUGGAUCAUCAUAGUUAAACCUUACGCAAGGUUCACUCACAGAAGGACUGGUGACUCAAUUUCCGAAUUAUUACAAACACCAUGAAGUUCAACUCGGUUGCUCUCACCCUGGCCACGGCCGGCUCCCUGGUGGCUGCCCAGCACAACCAUCCCCACCGUCACCACCACAGGCGUACCGUCGACACCCAGUUGGUCACUACCAACGGCGACACUGUUAUCCAGUACGAACUCAACGGCCAGCAAGUGACCGCCGAUUAUGUGUGCCAGGGUAUCCGAGAGAAGAAGUUGAGGUACGCCGAGGGCCAACCCGCAGUUGAUGCCUGUGAAUCCUACAGCGCUCCUGCCUCUUCCUCUACCGCGGCUGCUGCCCCCACAGAAGCGCCCGCUGAGUUUGUUGAGACCUCUUCCGCCACUCCGGUUUCUUCUUCGUCUGUCAGCUCCUCUGCAACCUCGUCCGCUGCCUCCAGCACCCCCACCAAGUCCAGCGGAUCCGGUGCUAAGGGCUUGGAUGUUGACUUCCCUGAUGGAGAGAUCGACUGCGGUGAUUUCCCCUCCGACUAUGGUGCCGUACCUCUCGAUUACCUUGGACUUGGCGGCUAUUCUGGUAUCCAAUAUGUCACUCUUGCCGACAAGGUUGUGAGCGACAUUGUCACGGCUGUGACUGGUGAUAAGUGCCAUUCCGGUGCCAUGUGCUCUUACGCUUGUCCCGCUGGUUACCAAAAGUCCCAGUGGCCCCUCACCCAGGGCUCCACUGGUCAGUCCGUUGGUGGUCUCGAAUGUAAGAACGGCAAGCUCUACCUUACCAACACUGAGCUCUCCAAGAAGCUUUGCAUUCCAGGUGUUGGCGGUGUUCAUGCCCAGAACAAGCUCGGCGAACAGAUUGCUAUCUGCCGUACUGACUAUCCCGGUACCGAGGCUGAGACCAUCCCUCUGGCUCUUGGCGACAACGAUCUUCAGCCCUUGACCUGCCCCAACGGCGCGACUUACUUCAAGUGGCAAGGCAAGGUCACCUCUGCUCAGUACUAUGUUAACCCCCGCGGCACUAGCAUCCAGGAGGGAUGCCAGUGGGGUGAUGGCACCAAGCCUAUCGGUAACUGGGCUCCUAUCAACCUGGGUGUCGGUGAGAACAAUGGCAAGUGGCUGUCUAUCUUCCAGAACAGCCCCACCACCUCCGAGAAGCUUGAUUUCAACAUCAAGAUCCAGGGUGACAACCUCAGCGGAUCCUGUAAAUACGAGAACGGCAAGUUCACCUCCGAGACUGGCAGCAAUGACUCUGGUUGCACUGUCAAGGUUAACUCUGGCGACGCUACCUUCGUCUUCUACUAAAUCAACUGACAACAUUUUAUCGCUACAAACGGGUGCGUUUGUUCCGUGACUUGGCCACCAUCAACCGGCUCGACUGGCCUGGGUAAAUAAUUCGCCGGCUCCCUUCAUGCCUGUUUGCCUUCAUGAUCCGAAGUCCAGUGUGCUUGUUUUCUUCUGUGUAUCUUAGUAUAUUAUCUUAUGUGACUUGGGGAGAUUUCGUGUCACACAUUCCCGUCUCUACUCCCUUGGUAGAGACAUCUGUGGUUAGAUAUUUCUUUCUCUAGUGCCAAGUAACUGAUUGUGAAUUCCCUACCUGUACAUGUGUGUUACUUUCUCAUGACGCGCAGUAGCGACCAUUUGGAUUCUAAUGAUGUCAUGUAGCAGCGGCCGAGUGAAUUGGGGCUGUGGCUGAAAUUAGUGGCUAUAUCUUGAUAUACUACUCUUUGGUUACCUUCAUGGAGUACGGAGUUUAGAGCGGUGCCGAGUGGCAGUCUAUCCAAGCGUA